AUGCCGCUGCUGCAAGAAAGCACCCCCAAGAGAGAUAUCAUCCCGGGGCAAACCAUGAAAGUAGAAGAAGAGACCCCGCUGAAAAACCACCAGAACACCUUCGGCUACCCCGCCUUUCCCAACCCCGCAAUGUUCACCCCCUCGCAGCUUAUCAUGGCCAGUCAACUUAUGGCAGCCUCAGGUUUGACGAUCUCCAACCCUGCGUUCUUCCAUCCCGGUCUUCUCCCUAUGGCAUGGCCCGCAAACUCACCCCCUUCGCCCCCCGCCAGCACCGAACCCUUGUCUCCAGCUCUGAAGUCCAGAAAGGUGAACAAUAACAACAACAACGUUGUCAGUAGCAGCACCACGGCUGAUCCUAGAAAAAGGAAAUGGAAGGUGGAGGAAGAAGCCACGGUUCCCCUGCCGUCUCCGACGUCUAGUGUGUCGCCACCUUCUGGGCCUGAAGUCAAGGAUUCCAGUAGGGAUAAACAGUUUACGUGUGGGGUGUGCAACAGAUCCUUUGGAUACAAACACGUCUUGCAGAACCACGAAAGGACUCAUACUGGAGAAAAACCUUUCGAAUGCCCAGAAUGUCACAAAAGGUUUACAAGGGAUCACCAUUUGAAAACACACAUGAGGCUACACACUGGGGAACGUCCCUACCAUUGCGAACACUGCGACAGGCAGUUCGUGCAAGUUGCGAACCUCAGGAGACACCUCAGGGUCCACACCGGAGAAAAACCUUACACUUGCGAACAUUGUUCAGCGAAAUUCUCAGACUCCAACCAACUCAAAGCUCACGUUCUGAUCCACACCAACGAAAAACCGUUCUCGUGCGAGAAAUGCCAAAGUAGAUUUAGAAGGCGGCACCACUUGCUCCACCACAAGUGCGGGGUUCCCGACAAAGAGAUGACACCUGAAUCCGACGAACCUGAAGACGAUCUCAGACGAAGAAGAGUCCUCCAUCCGCCGUCCACUCCUCUGAUAACGCUCCCCCUACAAGUCGCCCUGCCGGAACAGACGGAACCGGAAGACCUGAGCAUGACUACGGGCCUGACCUCCAACAGCAGCACCGGAGGUUCUCCCGCCAGGAGUCCCAGUUCCAGGGAGGACGUCGAAGACGACGACCUGGAUCCCCAGGAGUCCGCCGCGAUAUUCCUACAGAGAAGGGCAGUGGUUGACGUCAAACAAAAA